AUGGAGGAUGAUUGGUCCCUGCAUCGGCUGGAGGGCAGUGACCCCGGGGUCCAGGUCGGGGGGCUGAUAGUGAAGAAGAGGAGCGCUUCAUCAGAGCCGCAUGUGUUCAGAGCUCCUGCUCCUCGAGCCUCGCUCCUGGGCCUCGAUCUGCUGGCCGCACAGAAACGCAAGGAGCGCGAGGGCAAGGAGAGGCUUGAGGAUCAACCCAAAAAAUCCAAGGUGUCGUCCUACAAGGAUUGGGAGGAGGGGAAGAGUGACUCGGGCUCUGAUGAUGAAGAUCAAGAGGAGGGUGAUGGCAGGAAUCAAAAAAAGGAAAGGAAGUACCGUGUCACUGGAUCAGAGACGCCGUCAAACCCAGGAGGGGUUAGUGAGGAGUUCAAGCAGAAGCAUCAGCAGAGGGAGAAGGACAGACGUGAGCAUGGGGUUUAUGCGUCCUCCAAAGAAGACAAGAGCAGAGACAAAGACGGGUCCAGAGACAGGGACAGGGACCGCUACCAUGACAGAGACAGAAGGAGAGACCGAGAUGAGCGUGAAAGCAGCCGCGGCCGUGGCUCCAGCAGCAGUCGCUCCGAGCGCGGUGACGGCAGCGUGAGAAGUGAACGCUCCCAGAGAGACGGCUCGUCCGAGCGCAUGAGCCGCGGGACUCGCCGCGAUGAGCCCGAAUCACCGCGCAACAAACCCAAAGAUCUGCCCACUCCGUCCCGCUCCAGCUGGGAUGAGGAUGACAGUGGAUAUUCGGGCUCACGCCACUCUCACUGGGAGAGUCCGUCUCCUGCCCCGUCCCACUGCUCCGAGCGCAGCCAACGCUCAGUCCGUGACAGUGAGAGGAGAGACAGGUCAAGUAAACCUCAGUAUCCAGCAGAAACUCCUCUGCCAACGCCAUCAUACAAGUACAACGAGUGGGCCAAUGACAGGAAGCACCUUGGCUCCACCCCACGCCUGUCUCGAGGAAAAACUGAUAAAAAGGAGGACAGAGAGGACGGCAUCCUAUUUAAUGAUGAAGAAGAGAAGGAACGGUGGGAGGAAGAUCAGCGGCAAGCUGAUCGAGACUGGUACAUGAUGGAUGAAGGUUACGAUGAGUUCCACAACCCCUUGACAUCCAGUUCAGAGGAAUAUGUGAAGAAGAGGGAGCAGAUCCUGCAGAAGCAGACCCAGAAACGCAUCUCGGCGCAGAAACGGCAAAUCAACGAGGAUAACGAGCGCUGGGAGACCAACCGCAUGCUCACCAGCGGAGUGGUCCAGCGUUUGGAGGUGGAUGAGGACUUCGAGGAAGACAAUGCGACCAGAGUGCAUCUGCUUGUGCAUAACCUCGUGCCACCCUUCCUGGACGGGAGGAUCGUCUUCACCAAGCAGCCUGAGCCGGUCAUUCCAGUGAAAGAUGCGACCUCUGACAUGGCCAUCAUCUCCCGCAAGGGCAGUCAGCUGGUCCGGCGUCACCGAGAGCAGAAAGAAAGAAAGAAGGCACAACACAAACACUGGGAGCUCGCUGGCACCAAACUGGGAGACAUCAUGGGAAUCAAGAAAACCGAGGAGAAUGCAUCAGAAGGAAAAGCCGUCGGAGAAGAUGGAAAAGUGGAUUACAGAGCGGAGCAGAAGUUUGCUGACCACAUGAAGGAGAAGAAUCAAGCGAGCAGUGAUUUUGCUAAGAAGAAGACCCUGUUAGAGCAGAGGCAGUAUCUGCCCAUCUUUGCUGUUCGCCAGCAGCUGCUCAACAUCAUCAGGGAUAACAAUAUUGUGAUUGUGGUGGGGGAAACGGGCAGUGGUAAGACCACUCAGCUCACACAGUAUCUUCAUGAGGAUGGUUACACCAGCUAUGGCAUGGUGGGCUGCACACAGCCCCGCAGAGUGGCAGCUAUGAGCGUGGCCAAGAGAGUCAGCGAAGAAAUGAACAGCAACCUGGGAGAAGAGGUUGGUUAUGCCAUCCGUUUUGAAGACUGUACGUCAGAGAAGACUGUGAUAAAAUACAUGACGGAUGGGAUUCUUCUGAGGGAGUCUCUGCGGGAGUCAGAUUUGGACCACUACAGCGCGGUAAUCAUGGACGAGGCCCAUGAGCGCUCGCUCAACACUGACGUGCUCUUCGGCCUGCUCCGAGAGGUGGUGGCUAGACGCUCGGACUUGAAGCUCAUUGUCACAUCCGCCACCAUGGACUCAGACAAAUUUGCAGGAUUCUUCGGCAAUGUUCCUAUUUUCCACAUUCCCGGCAGAACGUUCCCGGUGGACAUCUUGUUCAGCAAGGUUCCUCAGGAGGACUAUGUGGAGGCGGCUGUGAAACAGGCUUUACAGAUUCAUCUCAGCGGGAUGGUGGGUGACAUCCUCAUCUUCAUGCCCGGUCAGGAGGACAUCGAGGUGACGUCAGAUCAGAUUGUGGAGCGACUGGAGGAUCUGGAUAACGCUCCGGCUCUGGCAGUGCUGCCCAUCUACUCCCAGCUGCCCUCGGACCUGCAGGCCAAGAUCUUCCAGAAGGCUCCUGAUGGUGUGAGGAAGUGUAUCGUCGCUACAAACAUCGCUGAGACGUCUCUGACUGUGGACGGCAUCAUGUUUGUGGUGGAUGCUGGUUACUGCAAGCUGAAGGUGUUCAAUCCUCGUAUUGGCAUGGAUGCGCUGCAGGUUUACCCCAUCAGUCAAGCCAAUGCAAACCAGCGAGCCGGCAGAGCAGGAAGAACAGGCCCGGGACAGUGUUACAGGUUAUACACUCAGAGUGCCUACAAGAAUGAAAUGCUCACCACCACAAUCCCAGAGAUCCAGCGCACUAACCUGGCCAAUGUUGUGCUUCUGCUCAAGUCUCUGGGAGUUCAAGAUCUCUUGCUCUUCCACUUCAUGGACCCGCCGCCUGAAGACAACAUGCUGAACUCCAUGUACCAGCUGUGGAUCCUGGGAGCGCUUGACAACACAGGCUCUCUGACGCCCACCGGGCGGCUCAUGGUGGAGUUUCCUCUGGAUCCGGCUCUGUCUAAAAUGCUGAUCGUGUCAUGUGACAUGGGCUGCAGUGCUGACAUCCUCAUCAUCGUCUCCAUGUUGUCUGUGCCGUCCAUCUUCUACAGACCAAAGGGUCGAGAGGAGGAGAGUGACCAGGUGAGAGAGAAGUUCUCGGUGCCUGAGAGUGAUCAUCUGACCUACCUCAACGUUUACCUGCAGUGGAAGAACAACAAUUACUCCAGCAUCUGGUGCAACGAUCACUUCAUCCACACCAAAGCCAUGCGAAAGGUGCGUGAGGUGCGAGCUCAGCUCAAAGACAUCAUGGUGCAGCAGAAAAUGAACCUGGUCUCCUGCGGCUCAGACUGGGAUGUGAUCAGGAAGUGCAUCUGUGCUGCGUACUUCCAUCAGGCUGCUAAAUUAAAGGGAAUAGGGGAGUAUGUGAACGUGAGAACUGGGAUGCCCUGCCAUCUGCACCCCACCAGUGCUUUGUUCGGGAUGGGUUACACCCCUGACUACAUCAUCUACCAUGAGCUGGUCAUGACCACCAAGGAAUACAUGCAGUGUGUGACGGCUGUGGACGGCGAGUGGCUGGCUGAGCUGGGACCCAUGUUCUACAGCAUCAAACAUGCAGGAAAGAGCAGACAGGAGAACCGAAGGAGAGCCAAGGAGGAGAUCACCAACAUGGAGGAGGAGAUGUCUCUUGCACAAGAACAGAUCCGUGCACGGAAAGAGGAGCAGGAGAGGAAGAGCAAUCUGGGCAGCGUCAGGUCCAUAAAGAUCUUCACCCCUGGAAGGAGAGAGGAAACGCCCAUGACCCCGAAACGAACACCGGCCCGAUUCGGCUUAUAGUGCUUGUACCUACACUCUCAGCCAGAUAAUAUUGCAAAUCUGAUUUUAUUUGCCACAGUCGCUUCAGUCAGUGCAACGUUAUUAAAUCUGCUCAUCACAGUGCUUGUCACAUGCAGCUCCCAGGCUCGUCCAGAAGUAGGAGCAAUUGUAUAAGGAGAAAAUUCUCUUCCCCGCAGACAAAGUGUUAUGUGUGACUCUGGAUCAAGACCAAAAAAAAGAUGCUAGUACUGCUUUCGAUCUUUUUUUUUUUUAAAGCCAAAUUCAAAAACACACAUUUGUCCUUAUAUAUGAAUGCACUUCAACUAAAGAAAAAAACGUAUAUACUUAGCCCAAUGACAGGCUUUUUUUAAUGCUUGAAUGUGUGUGUGUAAACCAGAACAGCAGAAUUUAUUCACGUCCUGCUGUAAUAUUCACUUUACCAUUGAGUUAUAAUUCACGUUCUCUCAUAUUUCGGUUUGUGAAGCGCAUUCUUUCAGAGAACACAGAGCAUCCAUGAAUAUUAACUUCCUGUACUCUGAUAGGUUCAUCCCCUGUGGAUGAAGCUUGUCUUUGUUAUUCUGACAAAAACAUUGCUAGAAUAUUUCAUCACUCCGCUGGAAUCACGGCUGACCAGGCGGCGGUCAAAUCCUGCGUCGUCUUUGAUGCAAUUGGGCUGCAAGUCAUUGAACAGAUGUGCUGUGUAUUGACCGAUCCACAACAUGAUCAACCACUCGCCACCAAGGGCCAUUUCACUUUCUUUCUGAUUUCCAGAGCUCUGUUGCUCUGUUUGCAUUUUUGGAAACUGAAAAAAAGAAGUCUGUUGAACUUUAUUAAUCUCCAUCACUGAUGUGUACAGUAUGUCUGUAUAUUGUGAUUCUUUCUUUCUUUUGUUGUAUGAUGUAGAUGGGCAGAAGUCAAACAUGUUUAGAUGUGACAAAUUGUUUUCAGAAAGGCUGGAAAACCGGGAAUGACUAUUUUUGAAAGUGUGUAAAGUUCAUUCUGUGUCUCCUUUGUAUUUCAAUUGUACCGUUUUAUAUUAGAUAUUAAAGAAAUGAAUCUAGAAAUGCUUUAAUUGUUGGUAGUGGUUGGAUCACUGUAUUUAGUGUGUUAAAAAACAAACAUUAGCAGGGCUGUAUACAUCACAUUAAUUUCUGCUGUCCAUUGUGUGGUUUUCUAUUGUAAACAUGUACUGAAUGUUCAUCUUUGACCGUUGCCCUUGGGUCUUUAUCAGCGUCUCAUUUUGUUCCCCAAAAAGUAAUAAAAAAAUAAAAAUAUUUUUUUCAAAA